AUGGAAGGGGCAUCACCACCACCAAAACCACCAACAACAACACCGCACAUGUUGGCAGCGGGCGAUCAUGAUUACUUGCAGCAGCACGGCAUUACGGAUAUCAUGACUCAACUCACACGUGAACUCAACGAACAGAAACCCGCCAAUCACGUUGCCUUCAUGCUGCAGUGGCUCACAAACGUGGCGGAAGGAGGAGCGGUGAAUACACCACUGGACUCUGCAAUGAAACCACAGUCACAAUCUAUUAAGAACGCCAGUGAUGGAAAUUAUCUGAAUACCCCUAACACUGCUACUACUAACACUACUACUAUUGCUACUACUCAUACUACUACUAAUACUAAUGCUGCUGCUAUUGCUAUUCCUACAAAUACAGACAUUACUACUAUUACUACUGAUACUAAUGCUGCUGUUGCUGUUACUACUACUAAUAGUAAUAGUAAUGCGGUGGGUGGUGAUGUGGAGAUGACAGAAUACGAUGACGGUGAGGAACCACCAGAACUUGCGGUAUUUGCGCCUGUGCGGGAUCUUCUCUUGGACAAUAAUGCCCCCGCCGUGAAGUCUGCAGAGACACCGCAUAGUGCUUCCUACUCCUAUCACCAUCAAACACCCACCGCCACUGUGGUGACUUCCACACAUGUGAACAGAACCACCGGAACUCCACCGGCAUUAAAUAUGAAUGUGUGGGAUCAUUCACAGCGCAGCCGCGAGGCGGGAAUGUUUGACUGUUCACUAAAAACACGUGGAAGUUCCAAUGAAACACCACUUGAAACGUUUUUAUUGAAACUUCCGACCACCGCCGCCGUGCGGCCGCUGCUGGAUGUAGUGGCGCGACUUCCACAGGCCAAAUACAACAUGGCCCUCACUUUGCUGGAGGGACUCGUUCAAGCCGAGGACAGCAGCACCGACAGCGAUGGCGACAGCACCAGCAGCAGUAAUAAUAAUAAUAAUGAUAAUGAUAAUGGGGAUCAUAAUGAAAUUAAGAGUAAGGCUAGUAGCAACAGAAAAGGACGUCGGCGUCGCAAGACGACUGGUGGAGUAUUGGCCAUGCGCCGUCUCUCCACAUCAUUACCAAACGCUUUCGUGAAACAACUUGAAACAUCAUUGGGCGCUAAUUUUAUUCGCGAAAGUAAUGGUUUAACCGCAAGUGAGGCACCGGGCCGUUCCUCUAUUAGUGCCCGCAGUUUUGAUGCCCUCAUUGCCGCCGGCGCCACUCCACUCGCCACACCAGCACAAGUGCAGGAUGUUGUGAACGACGCCUUAACCGCAAGUAUCGUCGGACGGGAUUUGAUUGGCCGCGAUGGAUUUGAUGCGAUGCUGCAAUCCGCCAUUACCGCCAAAACAAACACGACCGGUCUCACCAUCCACACAGCAGAUCUCAAUCUCGCAGAGUCCGCACGUCCCCUCACAUUUUACAGCAGUAACAGAGAAGACAGUGGAAUACAGACACAGUCGGCUUCUGCAACUCCACGCUCAAAUUCCACAUGGGGUCAAUCUAUUUGUAAAACACCAUUAACAACACAUUUUGGUCUCGGCGAUAAAAGUUUUAAAGCCUUCGCUAAUACCACAGAAUAUGCUACGGAAGAGGAAUUAAAUGCCGUACGAGAGGCCUUUGUCGCGUAUAAACCAUUUUCUGGACUGGAUGAAACUCAAUUGGAAAGCUUCAUACGAAGUAUGGAACGGGUUGAGUUCCAAUCUUCUCAAGUUCGAAAGAACAGCGGUGCUCUUUUCUUUGUUUGCUCCGGUACCGUUCAAGUGGAGAAGGAAGGACGUGUAUUACGACUCUUAUCAGCAGGUGAUUUCUAUGGGAAAGUAGAAAUGACUCCAGAUGAUGAUGAAUUUGGAGGGCCUGUUGAUAUUCGAGCCCUUUCAGGGGGAGUUAUUCUCUCUACUCGAAAAAAUGUAUUUCAAUCAUUAAUAAAUGAUGAAAAAAAGGCAAGACGUUCAAUGUUUUUAAAAUUUUUAAAUUGCUCACGUAUACUUUCCCCAUUAAGUUCAUCAGAACGUAAACGUUUAGCAGAUUCUUUACAUGUACGAAAUGUAAAGGCAGGAACUACUAUUUUACAACGGGGAAAUUCACUUGAAUGGUUUUCAUUGGUAAUAAGUGGAACGAUAAGGCGUAUUAUAAGGGAUGAAACUGAUUUAAAAGAAAGUUGUAAUUUAAGUGAUUCCUAUGAUAUUACUCCUAAUAUUAAAAAUGAGCUAUUGGAAAUCACAUCAGGAGAUAUAAUUGGAGAAGUUGAAUUUCUCUUUCACUCCGAUGCUCUUACAGAUGCUGUGGCUGUAACGAAUGUAUUGAUUGCUCAAUUACAUUUUGUUUACUUUCAAGCCAUUGUUUCUCAACAGGCGAUGAAUGAAAUGAAGCGAACGGUAUCUAAUAGCCCUAUUUCCUCUUUACUUGCACCACUAGCAAGGGAAAAAGUAUCUUGCGAGAUUGAAGAAAUUAAGAAACGUUCAAGUGAAAGGCGAAAAAGAGCUUCUGCUGCCAUAUUACUAGAGAAACGAAAUUCUAGUACCACGGAAUCCUCAACUCCAAGUGGCUCUAAACGAGAUUCGGUAGCGGUGAAAAUAGCAUCUCGAAUGGGUAAAAAACAAUUACGUUCAGCAGGUGAGAUUGUAUAUGCUGGAAAAAAUAAUGUUUACCGAUUUCCAUUAUGUGCUAUGAAUGUUGUGAAUACCAUUAUGAUUGCCGUGGUUGCUGAUGGUACUAUUAUUCGAUGGAAUGCUGCGGCCGAUCGAGUUACAGGAUUUCGUCAUUAUCAUGUACUUGGUCAGAGUAUUUAUGAACUUCUCUCUACAGAAACAGCACGAUGUAAUAUGCGAGAAAACCUCCAACAAGCGCAUAAUUUCGUUGGAAAUUGGGAUGGUUAUCAUGCGGCUGGUUUUUCUUCUCCAGUGGUGUACCGUUUCCGUCAAGCCUCUGCCCUUUAUCAUGUAAGUCUUCUCUUAAGUGUGAUUCCAUCUUGUGUGGGAACUUCUGCAGAUGUGAUGCUUCUUGUUGGUCGAGAGUCGGAUAGUAAAACUGCUGCCAGUUUUAUGGAAGAUGCCUCUCGCUGGAUUAAUGAUGUUCUUCGUCCACAAUUACGUUUAUUUCAAAGACGUGUGGAGGCAUUUGAUGCGCGUGAAUGGAAUGUAACCGAACAGGAAGGGAAAUGGUUAUGUGGACAUGUACAGGCAUGUAAUUCUCUGGUGGAACGAUACUUGCGACUCUCAAGUCUUAACAUGGAGGCGAUGAAUGAGACGUGGAAACCGGUUCGUAUUCAUAAUCUUGUACGGCAAUUCUCACGGGAUAUGGCUCAACAGGUAAAGAAUGCAGGAAAUACUCUUCAAACCACUGUAUUGGAAGAUGUUCCGAAAAAUGAGUUUUUUAUUGAUGUGGAUAACGUUUUGGAAGUAUUAAGACGAUUAGUCUGUGAUGCAAAUACGAGUGGUUCACCUGUUAAUAUUUCCAUUACAGUUUCUGUGGUUCAGGCUACACCAUUAACUUCCACAGCGGUUAAUAAUAAACCAACAGUUAUUGAUAUGAGACGACGUGCUAGUAUUAUUCCUCCUCCUGGUACUGCUCAAAUGUUAGCCCUUUCACAAUUUACAGCCGUACUUGGAAGUAAUGGAGGACAAACUGCUGUGAGUACGCCUCUCGUUAGGGAGAGUGUAUGGUUGUGUAAUGCAGCUCAACAUCAUCAAGUUAUUGAUAGUUCUGCUCCAUCUGUUAUGCAGCAUAUAAAUAUCACUUUAACAUGUACUGCAGGAAGUGAAUCUACAUCUACUGUCAAUAAGAGUACUAAUACCACUACUACUACUCCUAAUACCUCUACUAAUAAUAAUAAUAAUGAGACACCUGCUAAACAUAGUACAAAAGGAUUUUCAGGAAUUAAAGAAUGUGAUAGACUUGUAACCAAUAUGGGUGGUAAUUUGACUUUUCACAGUUCACUUGCCUCUUCUCAAACGACUACUAAAAUUGUUGUGGAUUUACCACUUUUACCUGUACCAUGGGUUGGAAAUGAUGAGAAUGAAGAUGAGAAUGAUGUGACAUUUCAUGAUGGUAGUCUUACUGUCAUUGUUGCGGAUCGAGAUUCUAAACAACGUAAUGCUCUUUGUGAACUUAUGUGGUCAAGACGACAUGUUGUGGCCCCUGUUACUUCUUUUGUGGAAGCCAUGAUGAAAAUAAAAGGUGGUGGUGUUCAUAUUCUUGUAAUUGAUCCUUUACAAUUGGAAUGUUCAGAAGAAGAUAGUGAAGCCUUACGAAAUGGAACACCUCCAUUUGAUGCCCUUCAACGUGAGGCGAAUAUUGUGGUGGUUCUCUACACAAAUGACUUUAAUGACUGGCGAGCACAGAAAUUUAUGGAACACUGUCAUGUUGUGGAACUUCCAAAACCCGCCUAUGGGGCUUUACUGCACUUCGCUAUGCAAGAAGCCGAACACGUGGUGGCUUUAUUACGUGAAGAUGAGGAACAAAUUGCUCUUCUUCGAAUGGCCUUUACGGAAUUUCAACCGGAACGACAUAAGGUGGGUCGUAUACUUGGAAAAGGGGCAUUUGGUGAAGUUCAUGAAGUGGAGGAUGUUCUCACGGGAGGGAAAUUGGCGAUGAAACGUAUGCAUUUAACCGAUGGGGUAUUGGCAGAUGAUGUGGUUCAGGAAUUAUUGGCAAUGACAUCAUUAAGGCAUGAGAAUAUUAUUCAUUACUUUGGUUGUCAAAAGGAAAGUGAUAAUGUGUUACGUUUAUAUAUGGAAUUGGCCUCUGGUGGGACUUUACAGGAGAAAAUAAGAAGACAUGGUGGACCCUUACCAUUGGAUUCUAUUGUACAACAUUUACAAGAUCUUUGUCGAGGUCUUGCUUAUCUUCAUUCAGAGAAUUAUGUACAUGGGGAUAUUAAAACAGCGAAUGCUCUUAUUGAUCAUCAUGGUCGAACUAAAAUUGGGGAUUUUGGAACUGCCAAACGUUUACGACAUCCAUCUAAUAAAUUAUACACCUUUGUGGGAACACCUCAAUUUAUGGCACCAGAGUUAAUGAAUGUGGAUGCCACUCAAGGGAAUGGAUAUAAUCAAAAAGCUGAUAUUUGGUCAUUGGGUUGUAUUGCAUUGGAGUUGGCAACUGGUAUGGCUCCCUUUUCAUAUUUGGAGCAUACACGUGGUAUGGGUAUAUUCUUUUAUGUGGGAAGACUGACGGAUAUUCCAGAUUUAUCACCUAUUGCAAAUGGAAAUCCACUUUUGUAUUCAUUUAUUGCAAGUUGUUUAAAUGCAGAUCCGGAUGUGCGUCCAGGGGCGAAGGAAUUACUCACUCACAAACUCUUACAAUUAACAGAUGCAAGUACUCGGAAUGAACGACUUGCACGACAUGUUAAACUGGCGCAGACAUUAAAACAGUACGCUGCGAUUGAUUCUGGAGUUGAUGAAGAUGGCUCGUGUAGUAGCGCUAGUAGCGACUACGAUGAUAAUAAUGAUAACGAUGAUGAUAAUGAUAAUGAUGAUGAUAAUAAUAAUAGUGAUUGUAUGGGUAAUAUCAAUACUGGUCAUGGUGACAAUAUUAACAAGGAUUUUGUAUUUGGUGACCAGGCUGGCAGUGGGGAGGAAGAUGAGAGCGCAGACUCCUCCACAGAGAGCGAUGCGGAUGCGUGGACAUCUGUGCAGGAAAUGAAUAAGCGAUUGGAGAGUGAAAGCAACUUUGGUUCCCGUUCUGAUCUUAUUUAA